UGCAGCCCCCGGCCGGGUGCCGAGCUGCCCUCCUUCCUCCAGGACCUGCCCCGCGACCCGCGAAGCCAGCGCUGCUCGCCAGGUAGAGAGAUGCCUGGGCAUUGGAAGCUCUCUGCAGCAUGCUGAGGAGACGUAAUCUUCUUACCACGCUCCUGAUCGCCUUGCCAUGGGCUCUUCUCCUAACUUUGUGGCAUCAGUACCCAACCACCCGCUACCUCAGCCUCCUGAGAAAAGAGACAGAUGAGAAUGUGACCUCUAAAACUCUUGUCAACGGAACCUCAGCACUGAGAGAGGAAGGCCUCUCAUCAUGCAUGCGGCAGCAGCAAAGCAUGGUGGCAACGCCUAAAGUCAUCCAGAAUUAUGUGUACUCCAGGCCUCCUCCAUGGUCAGACACCUUGCCAACCAUCUUCGUUAUCACUCCUACCUACACUCGGCCAGUGCAAAAAGCUGAGCUGACCCGAUUGGCAAACACCUUCCUACACGUACAGAACCUACACUGGGUGGUGGUGGAGGACUCGCCUCGGAGGACCAACCUGGUAUCCAACCUGCUGGAGAAGGCAGGGCUUAACUUCACACACCUCAAUGUGGAGACUCCCAAGAGUCUGAAGCUGGGCUUGUCCUGGAUCCCAUCCCAUACCCCAAGAGGAACAUUACAGAGGAACCUGGGGCUGCACUGGCUGAGGAACAGCUUCAGCAAUACUGCACCACCAGAAGGGGUAGUGUAUUUUGCUGAUGAUGAUAAUACCUACAGCCUGGAGCUCUUUGAAGAGAUGCGCUAUACAAGAAGGGUUUCAGUCUGGCCAGUGGCUUUCGUUGGAGGUCUGCGAUAUGAAUCCCCAAAAGUAAGCCCAGCAGGGAAGGUGGUAGGCUGGAAAACCGUCUUUGACCCGAAUCGACCCUUCGCUAUUGACAUGGCUGGAUUUGCCAUCAGCAUCAAGCUAAUCUUGGAGAAGCCUCAAGCCAGUUUCAAGCUGGAGGGAGUUAAAGGAGGCUACCAGGAAACCAGUUUGCUGAAGGAUCUGGUGACUAUGGAUGGGUUGGAGCCAAAAGCAGCCAACUGCACAAAGGUGCUGGUCUGGCACACAAGAACUGAGAGGCCUACUUUGGUUAAUGAAGGCAAACGUGGAUUUACAGACCCCAGAGUAGAGGUGUAAGCAGAGAACCAACUCCAGAGUAGGCACAGGGCACCGUUGGUUCCACAAGUUCGUCAGCAACCACAACAGCUGUGCACGCUGCCCGUUCUCCCCAGCAGUCUGCUCCACCAUUGGAGGAUGACAAACAUCCCUAAAUAUGGCCACAUCUAUCAGCUGCCAUGCCCAAAAGGUGGUAACAAACAGGGACAGAGCUGAUGUAGUGCCCUGUAAUCCUACAGAUCUUUACUUUUGACUUCAUGUACUGGCUCUCAUUUCCCAUCUGGAAGAAGAGUGCUUCCCUUCCCCUAUGGGCCCUGUGUUCAUUCAUUAAACGGGAAAUUUAUUAGACGUGAUCUUCAUUCUCUGCUGUGUCAACGUAAAGGCUGAAAUCCAGGGUGGCUAUGGGAUCUCUGAAGAUCUCUCUUGGCAGCUUGUGAAACUGUAGUUGUACAGCUGUGGCGAGCUACAAUGAUUCAGAGGCUGAAGUUGUCACAGAAGCAUAUCUGUCAGUCAGCCUGAGAAUGGCAUGCUCUCAAAGCAGCUUAAAAACACGACUAGCAUAAGAGAGACUCUUCCUCUGAAGGAUGCACUCAGACACCUGUAUGGCUCAGCCUUCAGUUUUUUUUCAACUGUGCUGAAACACCUCAUUCUCAAUUUGGGAGCUCAAAAAGUUAUGUAGGUACCGAGGAGGGAUCCAUUGCCUACACCUCAGCUUGUUGCUUCAGCUGAGAAUGGAACUGCCCUAAAUUACAGUUGUUUUGGAAAAUGCCGUACCAGAUCCCCAGACCCACAGCCCUUCAGAUGAAGUUCCUCUCCCCCUCAGGGAGACCUGGCAAGUACUGUACCUCAUGGCCAUGCCUGCGUGUGCCACUGGAGAGGCCAGAAAGCAGCAAAAAAGAUGGGUGGACUUGGAAGUUUUGUUUCUAGCCUUGAACCCCAUUGCGGCGCCAUCAGGCACUUCAGUAGCCUCAGAUCAGAUAUAUAGUGUUGUUUACUCAAUUUCCACACACAGAGACACCUCUUUGGAGUGCAGGUGGGUGAGAAGUGCUCAGAGAAGAGGAACGCUGAGCCUGUGCUCAUCUCCUGUGAGAACAUCAAGGAAUGUGGAGAGACGUCAUCAAAAAACUCUUCUUGAGCACCAUAAAUGACAACUGAAGUAACAAAUGUGACAAAUGAGUUUCAGGUGAACUUUGAAAGGCAUAUUUGCCCCUGUGAUCAGACAGAAGAGUCAUGGUUAUCCAGAGCAAGUUCUUUUUCCCUUAAUAAAACAGGGGGACAGUGAGGGUAAAGGCAGCCCACAAAGGAGGAUGUAACAAAUAAGGACUGGAGGAUAAACUGGAUUAAAAGCACAAUUGUUUGUACCACAUAGAAGAGGGGCAAGUGUCACUCCUAUUUCCAGGAAGAUACCUUGAAUGACCUAGAAACCCCUCUAAGCACAUCUUGAAAACCAUCUUCACUCAAGCUGUGAGAAACAAGGCUUUAGGCUUUCAAAACACAUUGAGAAUUUUUUCAUAGCUGGGGGAAAGUUAUAAGUAAUUGAACCAUUCCUCACCCAAGAAAACCUGAGUUGGCAGGAGACUUAUUUAUUUGUUGAUUUAUUUAUACUAAAGUUCUUUUCUGCCUUUUCCUUGUUUUGUUUUGCAUUUUAGCUUAGCUCAUCUAACAUAUUCAUGAAGAAAGAAUAUUUCCCCCCUCACCCCAAAUUCUCACAGAAGAAUAGUAGAGCUUUGCAUUCACAGCUGAAUGUCAUGUUUCACGUUCCCUGGGGUUUCUUUACAAUGGCAUCUUAAACUGGCAAAAUAAUCAUAAACACAGCAAGGAGGUGCAGUGAGGGAAACUACCAUUCCUUUAUGCAAGAGAUGUGGAUGGCACCAAGUUUCUGCCUCCCAAGCAGUCAUAGUAAGGUGAAAAUAUGCAAAAGACUGCCUCACUCAGCAGACAAUCCCUACAGGAUGCUGGGAAGUUUCCAAGAAGAGAGCUUUUCAAAGGAUACCUGAGACAGAGAGAGAGAGAGAGUCAGUCCAUGUUCCCUCGCGUGGAACUAGUAGCAGCACAUCCUGCUGUGGGAUGGGGGUUAGAGUACAAGGAGGAGGAAAGGGAGUAAGGCACAACUUCUCAGAGAAUUCAUGCGAAAUCAAAGACUAGGCUGCAAACAGAGAAAUGGAAGCUGCCCUUAAUUUGAGUGUAAUGGGGCUCAGGCCAGAGAUAAGCACACCCAGGAGAAAAAGCUACCUUGCCCAUCAGCUCAACAUGAAGGAAUACUAAGUGUACCAUGAAAAUUGUGUCUUCUCUAGACUCUAGAAAAUAGUCCUUUCUAUUUUCACAAGGGCCUGGCAUGUUGGAACUGGACAGCAGGAGGGGAGCCUGGCUUCUGUAAAACACUUUUUCUUUAUUUGUCAGAGCUUUAUGUCCCGACCUCUACAUAAGGUAAUAGGUGGGGCUUUGUCCACCUCUCCCUGCCAACUGACUGGCAGGCUCACUGAUCCCAUCCCGCAUUAAAACAAGUGACCUUCUUGGUGAUUUUAAUGAAUGAGCAAAAAAGAGGGAAUAGAGGAGUUAUUUAGGAUCUUCCAUUUUCCCCUCCGUGAUGGGUAAGGUUACUGCCCGUAUGAAAAGCAGGGCAUAUGGUGACUGAUUCUUUGGCCUUUAAUCCUGCUUUUGGCUUUUUCAUGCAGGUCCUACAUAGAGUUUCGGCAUUGCUUGAGCAAGUUUGUAGCAAAGGUCUAUUGCCAUUGUAAAGGAUACCUUCCAACACACAUUUUUUAGGGAUUUCUUUGCUCUGCAUUCCUAUAAGAAAGUGAAAUUGUUAUUCCUAUUUUUGCCACUGAGAACUUGGAUUCCCAUGAACUGUGCUACACUGUCAGCUCAGUGCAGGUCUGAGCUUGCUCUCAGGACUGGAGCCUUCACACCAGUUCUAUUCUUGACCCAGCCUGACCCUGGAGCCCUGCAGGAGAGGAAAUUCUGUGAAUCAAUAAAUUUGAUUCACUCUAAAUUGUGCAGACCCAAAUCCUUGUAUGGGCAGUAUGAAUGUACACAACCACUAUUCCAGAAUAGCAGACAUUUGGACCUGUUUACCAUAAAUACUCCUUCUUUGUAGAGCAGACUAAGGACAGCAAGGACUGCUGUCAGUCCAGAUGCAUCAGCUAAGCACAGAUGAGUAAGAAGUAUCACAAGUUACGAUGGCUAUUUGCUAGUAGAGCUUGGUGAGAGAGCCCAAGAAUGGAGCAGCAGUGAGUGUCACAGGUUUCAGGGUAAGCAAAUACAGGGGUACAGUAGGAAGGGAAUCUGCAGAUCAACUCUAAGAUGCUGAAAACAAGAGAAGGCAUCAAAACAACUAUUUUUACUAGCAUAUUAGUGUCUGAUAUUCAUAUACUCUCAGAUUCAUCCUAUUCAUCAACCAAUGAAUACUACUAACAUUUCCUGUUGCAGAAAAUACUAUUGACAAGGGAAAGAGAAUAUCAAGGAAGCAAUUUUUAAUGGUUAUUUAUUUAUAUUGAAUGGUACU